UAUACGAAUAUACGAGCACGCAAGCAGCUCCGCCGAGCGACACAGCCACGAAAACGAAGCCAAGAACUUGUAACAUCGCUGCGCCGAAGCGAGCUCAGUUGAGACUAAACUGUGACCAAGUGCAGCCGCGUCGCGCACCCUAGACACACACACACUGUUACGCCAAGACAAACAAGUUGUAGCUUUCGUCGAGCAGUCAUUUGCGAUUGCAAAUCGUCAACAAUAGUUUGGUGCUUCGUGCCCUUGCGCCUUGUUUUACACUAAAGCUUCUAGAUUUUACGAGAAUGGCUGGCGGCAAAGCAGGAAAAGACUCGGGAAAAGCCAAAGCGAAGGCGGUCUCUCGCUCGGCCCGAGCUGGACUCCAAUUUCCAGUUGGAAGAAUUCAUAGGCAUUUAAAAAAUAGAACAACAAGUCAUGGACGAGUUGGAGCCACAGCUGCUGUCUACAGUGCUGCAAUUUUGGAAUAUUUAACCGCUGAAGUUCUUGAAUUGGCGGGUAAUGCAUCAAAAGAUUUAAAAGUCAAACGUAUCACUCCCAGACAUUUGCAAUUAGCUAUUAGAGGAGAUGAAGAACUUGACAGUCUGAUCAAAGCAACCAUUGCUGGUGGUGGUGUCAUUCCACACAUCCAUAAAUCACUUAUUGGCAAGAAGGGUUCUCAAAAACCUGCAUAAGAUUGAUUAUGGUGAAUUAAUAAAAUUUAAGUAAUAAUUUGUCUAAUAUCAGUAAGCAAAUAAUAUUAAAAAUGUUGUAAUGCAGUUAAAAUGUAUUUGGUGAAUAGAGGGAAAUCAGAGAGGUAAAAACAAAAGUAAAUAAGCAGUGGUUGUUGAUGAAUGUACCUAAGUUGCGAAGCAUAAAAGAGUUAGGAGUGAUAAUAUGCAUUAAUUGAUGUAUAGAAUUAUAAAGUAAAUGGACGAUUUACACAAAGUAAUGUCGUUGAAAAAAAAAAGUAUAUAAUCUAGCUAAAUAAGCUUUUUCACAAUUUUCGAGGUUUGCUUUCAUGUCAGACAAUCUUCAAGUCGAUACGUUUUAGCAUCGUCCUAAGAAUGCCUUGCUAUCAAUGAUAACCUUGUAAUGUCGAAAAAUGCAGCCUCCACAUUUCCACUAUUCAGACUUCAGAAUAAUUUCACUAUUAUUUCCGAUAUUUAUGUAUUGACGAAAACAAUAAAUAUAUGAGUUUUUAAAGCAUCAAAGCUAUCAUUUUGUAAUGCCAAAAAUCUAUGCUAAGUAGAAACUAAUUUUGAGAAUUGUGGACUGUCAUUUCAAACGUUCUGACAAUUAACUUUGUACACUAAGACUAAAUAAAUAUCUCAAACACUGCUACAAAAGUAAA